AGAUGCAUACAAUUAAUUUGCUUGUCAAAAUUUCCAGUGCAAUGAACAUUUAUCGGUGUGAAUAAGCAAUGUCACGUGAAGUUGGACAUCAUCACAAAAAAGCAGAGUCAAAACAAAUAAAUCCUCAGACACAGUACCAGAGACGUGUCGUGAUAUCUAAAUCUCCUUAUAAAAUCUACGAUUUACCAACAAGGUCGCAUUUUUCUAUAUGCUUGGAUAACAUUAAACGAGAAAAUCAAUCGACCACACAUAACAAACAACAUGAAGUCAAGAAAUCUACUGAAAUUCAACAUCAACCAGGUCCUAGCGGAAAAACCGCAUUAAUACGUGAUGAUAGUUCAACGCGGCUUACACGCAUGAGGGUGCUUAAUUUUCGAGAUGCGUACAGCGAAUACAUGAGAAGGCAAUCGAUAACUCCCAGAAGAAUUAGAAUAGUUAAAAUUUACGCUCCACUGAAAUGGGAAGAAGUUCUGGAGGAAUCAAUCAAGAAGUUUGUUCCUAUUUAUAAAUUGAACAAUUCCUGGCAACAAUCUAGGCUACAUUGGUUAGAGCAAUUGGAGCAGGAGAACGAAAAAUUACCAUAUAAAUCUCAAUCGGAUGAGGUUGUGUCUUCAACGCCAUGUUGUUAUUUUUUUCUUUGUCCCAUAUGGACACAAAAGCGAAAAUUGUAAAAUGAAAAAAAAAAGAUAAAAGGUUUUUACCUUUCGGAGAUUUUGCAUCUUCCCCGGUGUAGAAUGGUCCUUGUCGUGAGACGAUCUCUUGGACGAUGAUCCCGAACGAGUAAACGUCUCCUCGUGGAGUACCAGCAGGAUCGAGGGUGGAGUUACGCAAAAGUUCCGGUGCCGUCCAAAGUAAUUCUACAACGGAAAAAUAUUUGUAUUGUACUGAAUGAAGAUAUUUCUGUUUGA